GACGAGGAACUCGGAAAGCGAUAGUGACAUACACAAGUGAUAUCCUGUCAAGUAAUAAUAACGUCUCAUUGGAGUAUAUUCCUUCUAUAUGAAAACUUUUGAUCAAGGAGAUAAAGUAUAUACAAUAAACGUUUUGUUUAAGAUCUAAAUAAUAUAUCAUAUAAACAAUAAUUCUGGAAGCUGGGAAAUUACUCAAAGUAACAAUAGCGGAAUGUCAUUCAGGCAUGGUAAUGUAAUGUUACAACACCUCGGUUAUAGCUGAUUUUUUGUCGAAUAGUUUUGCAUGCAGAUCUAUUCACGAAUUGAUACGAGAUACUUUUUCAUGUGAAAUCGCUCAAGUAUUGUGUAAUUUAGAUUGGAUUUAUAAAACUUGACAUUUCAAGGAAAAUACUAAUUUGUUUCAAUGUGUUGAAGACGAGAAUGCAUAAUUAAGACAUUUAUUCCUGAUUUUGAUACUUGGAACGGCUCUAGAGAAAGUGACCACUGAGGGUAUAGUAAUAAACAUUGGAUUUUGAGAUAUUAUUGAGUUUAGCGAUGGAAUUGUAUUACCUUUUGGUUCAGCGAUCUCUAUGGACAGUUCAACUUCUUAUAACGUUUUUAAUUUCUUCGGAAGGUAGGCAUUACAGAAGAUAUGUCUAUAGACCAUCAGCACCAGAAAUACUUCCAGAUGCAACAAAUAUAACCGUCCAUAGUAAUGAAAAGGUCAUUCUAAAAUGUACAGUCAGAAACAGAAGGACAAAGGAUGUUCAAUGGCGUCUUGAACGUAAACGAUGGCCAUUAACUAUCGGUACAGAACCAUGGACAACUGAUAAAGAUAUCAGUGUUCUUUAUAGUGUAAUUAAUAAAACUGACGAAAGUUGGGACUUGGUUAUCAAAAGUGCUAAACCAAGACAUACAAAUACAUAUGAAUGUCAAAUAUCAUCGACACAAAGUAAUAGACGAUAUGUAUAUCUUAGAGUUUUAGCACAACCUAAAGACAAAAGACCAGGUAUAAGCUUAACAGGCACAGCCUAUUUAGAUCUUCAUCAGAAGGUUAAUUUAACAUGUAAUGCUACUGGAUUAUUUCGUGCCCCAGACGAUAUUGACUGGUUUCACAAUGGUAACAUCAUUGACCAAAAAGAUAAACGUUGGGGCGGAAGGUUAAAAAUUUACAAACGCAUACAAGACGUCCCUGGAAGGAUGUUGAUUAGUGAACUUAUUAUUGAAAAAAGCACAUUAGAGGACCGAGGAAUGUAUGUUUGUCGAAGUUCUGAAAACGAAGCUUCAAGUUUCCCAGUCAGUAUUCUAGAUAAUGGGGUACCAAACAAAACAAAAAGAUAUGGUACAGAAAAGGUUUCUGAAAACAAAGAAGACGACAAGAAUUCAAACAGUGCAGCAUUUAAUUCUAUAAAUGUUGUGUUAAUUACUUGUAUUUGUGUAUUUGUGUCGUGUAAUAGCUGAUAGUAAUAGAGUCAGACGAAAUAGAUUCAUUAACAAACCUAUGUGCCUUUUUACCAGUGGUGUUUGUGCUCAGGACAUUAGAGGCCGGGUUAUGGAUUCGGUGGUAUGUAAUAAGAUAAAUGCAUUCCAGAAAGGCUUUAAAUCGAGAUGAUGUGAUAGCACUCUGGACGAUGAUUAAAUUACUGAAAUGCAUGAUCCAAUAUAUAAUGGAUUAGACGUGACAUUGAUGUGCCAUAAAAACCAGACUUCAACACUAUUUGCAUUCAUACAGCAAUUAAUGCAAAUGUUUAAGACAAACAAUCAAGUGUUUGGCAAUACAAUGAAAUAAAUUGUAUUUGUCUGUCAAGACACUAAUGGAUAUUAUCUUUUGAUCUGAUAUAUACGAAUAAAAAAGACAAAACGUAUUGUCAGAAUGAUUUAAAUGUAGUUGAAAAGAAAUUCAAACCGAUUAUUAUGUUGAGUUUUCUUUCUAUGAAUUGUCUAUAGCAUUGUGUAUCUUUGUCGAUGGAAUAGUACAAUCCAUUACGAUUGCCAGAAGCAGUCAUCCAAAAUGAAUAUAUCGGCCAUUGAAAUCGUUUCUUUUUUCUUGUAUAAAAAGCUGUAUGCACAAUUUUUUUUACUAAUGCAAAUUAAUCUAAAAGGUUUAAGAUUCUGACAUUUAUAGCGGUGAAUAUGUACACUGUAUACAGUAUCUAGUUUAACGUUUUUCUUUCGUGUCGUUCGCCAGAAUAUUAAUUGAAACCUCCAAUAUUGCACUAUAGAAUCCAUAUUAAACAUGAUAAAGGAUUAAUUACGAUGCUAGCAUUAUUAGGCGUAUUAAGGCUGAUUUUAUGUAAGUUUGGUCAAAGAUAUUUUGUAUUAACGUUGUUAUUGGUGUAUGGUAUCAUUAGUCAGUCAGACAUCUACUUUUAAGAGUUUUUAUAAUACGUACGCUUGAUUUCAAACUUUAUCAUUCCAUCAAAGUAUUUGAUUUUUUACACGACGUAAUUUAAUCUUUUGCUGGGCGUAAAAUCUAAACCAGUUCGUUGAGCAAAGGACUGAAUAUUUUAAUAGGAAUAAAUUUCCAUAUUUCGGCUAUGAUAAAUGUGAAGAUUGAUAAUCACAAGAAUUGCGUCAUGCUGUUAUUAUUGAAAGGGGCACAAUAAUAGUGUCAGUCCACGGAUGCAGAGAUCCAGUAUGUCAAUGCAACGCUCAAAUGACAUUAGAAAACAGCUAUAGGAAAAGAGUGUUAUUUUCUUGUAGUGGAAAUAUUAUGAGUGUAGCUUAUUACUGAACUAUUACAAUUUAUAAUUUUGAUAUUUUGUUGAUUUAAAAACACGAUCGUCUACAAAAGUUUACAGUAUAACUAGUACAAUGCUUUAAACCAAAAAUACACAAUUACAAAUUUAUGUCAUAUGUCUGUGUGGGUAUAUUUUAUAACUAAAUCAUAAAAUAGAUUGAAUCUCAAAAUGUAACAUACUUUGCAAAAAAUUGAAUAAAAUACUGAUAUUCCUAAGAAAAUAAACUUUUUAAAAUGAGAUUUCCGAUUUUUUUUUUGUUCGAGCUAUUCCAAUUAUUUUCAUUUAUUGUCCUGUACAAAUCAUAUAUAUCUAUCAACUUUGCUCAAGAUGUAAUUCUCGGUCAUUACUGGAGAUGAAAAGGAAACGAAACUAAAGAUAUUUUUUACGGUGAUUCGAAGAAAGAUAAAUAGAUACUUUAUUCUCUAAAAACUAAGUUCAAGUUCACAGAGAAACAUAUACUAUCAAUAAAAUCAACGCAAUAAAGUUGAAGGUGAACGAAUAUUGAUUAAAAUAUGAAAGUAUAAUUUGUGAUACGUCACAUUCGUUGAUGUUUAUGGCUUUCAAAACUUGGCUACCACUAUUAUUAGAUAAAAGAAGAUUUGUUGAAACUCUUUACGAAAAAUCAUGUUUAAGAUGUAGUGCUACCAAACACAUUAUAGAUAUGUGGCUGAAUUGUGGUUGAAUACACAAACCGUCAUAAACCAAGACUACAAGAUUAUUUAAACAACAAAUUUCAGUAUUAAAACCUUUAAUGUCUGUAAAAGACCAAUUGCAUCUUAACCUUUCAAAUAUUUCUUACUGGAGUUGUUCGUCUUUUCGUCGUUUUUCUUUUUGGCCAUGGUAUUAUCUUUUUACUUCAACUUGGGAUAUUUAGUAGUCCCCUUGGCAUACCAAAAUCCAAAAAAAAUCCAAUAAUUGUCUUAGGCUUGUACAAAACUUUGGAGAAAUACUUUAAUCAUUCUCCCUAAGAAUAUUGGUUAAUGGUAAAAAUCGUCGUAGAUCAUGGUUACAAUCAUUCCUAAAUUUUUUUUUUCCCAAAUUGACACGAUAAUUCAAUAACAAAAAAUAUGAACAGGCUGUAUAAAGUUAAUUGGCACAAAAUUUAGAUUUUAUAGUACGUGUGUAAUCCCGUUUAAAAAUAUGGUUGGUGGCCUCCUUACUCGCCAUCGUAAAUGGCUGCAUCUUUACUACAAGUAUAGAUUUGCCAAAAGUUAAUAAAAUUUCCUACAAAAUUCUGCUCAUGAUGAAAAACAACAACACGUUAAAAAAAAAAAAUAGCCCAAUACAGUGUAACUCCUUUUUGGAAUUAUUCCUCAUAAAAAAGUUUGCCAUAAAAAAAAUUGCAUCAACUGUUUCUGUUACUUAAAAUGGAACAUAGGAGAAAACAAUAUCAAAAACAUACAGCCAGCUUGCUCCAAAUUCUGCUUAAUAAGUGCUGUUCAUUAUCUUUUAGAACUUUGACAACCCCAUGCUUAUUUCUUUCAAAUCAUCUUAAUCAUUAAGUGUCAUAAUUAUGUAUUAAAAAAAUAUAAGCAACUUGUGCAUUACAGGGUACCUGUUGUGUUAGUGGAAUAAACUUCGAUAAUUCAAUCCCUUUUUGUAAGUGACUGCAUGAUGUCAUCUUUCUCACUGUCCUUGGAAAUAAUAUACUGCAAUUUCAUUGUUGAAGAGGACCGCAAAACUUAUUAGGGACAAACUUAAUAUAAUCACGUUAUAUGUGUAAUAAAGUAUACAUUUUCCAUUAAGAAUACAUUGUUUGACAUGUGUACUUUAGUAUUGUAUAUACAUGUAACAUGACUUUGUUUUAACAUUGAUCAAGUUGUUUUGUAAUGAUAAUUUUGAAAUAAAAUUUAUUUUGAUAA